AUGUCUUUGAGCAUGAUACCAAACACUCAUUUGAACCAUGACGAUACUCACUCGCUGCCGUUGUCAAGCCGACAUGGCCAUGCCCAAGGCCGUAGCAUGGAUGUUACGGCGUCGACUCUGCACAGAAGCAGUCCUCUCGAUCUAGACUUCGCUAAGAUUCGGCCGCUCAUUAAAUCGGGAACAUACCUUGAACCAAUCGACACAAGUGUUCGCACCUCAAGCGACAUCCAAGCUGUUUCUCCGACUACACCAAGCGAUCCAUCAACGCUGAGAUUCUCAUCCAACGCUGGCAUCAUCGAGCAUUACUCACAGGCUUGGAAUACUCAAGACAACCAAAACGAUCGAACAGAGCAUGACUUUUCCGAAUUUGAGCAACUCAUUGGCCCAACAGCCGGUCAUGCUCCACGAUGGCCAUUCAUCAAUGAUGAUAGCCUAAAUACCCCAGACUCUGUAGAUGCAGAGCCCUUAUUUCCUUCCUCCCGUGCUCCAACGACAAGGCCAAGGCCAAUAUACCAGAUCCACGAAGGUCUAGAAGAUCUUGCCGAUCUAUAUGUUCCGCCCAUGGACUCAGUACCCGAAGCUGGCGAGGUAGAAGCACACCCUCCGCGACCUCCUCCUACAUCCCGAACCGGCCCUGGCAAGGUCAUGACAGCGGCUGAGUUCGAGGCUCUACAGAAGCGCAAGGUCCGAGAAGAAGCUGAAAGGCGCUUCUAUGGCGGUGAAGAAGAGGAAGACGAUAAACUGGACUACGAGGGUAUAGACGAUACCGAGGUAGUGAACAGACAGAAAGCGCAGCGUAAGAAGCAGCAGGCGUAUCUCGAUGGCGGCUAUCGACAACAGAUGAUGAAGAGCACAAAUGGACCUGACUUCCCACCAUUGGUUUCUCACUCGCGAGUCUCUUCAUCGUGGUCCAUGAAGUCGUUCAAGACGUUUCAAGGUUUGCGAGAAGACAACACCCCAAGGCGUGACCACGAAGAUGAGGACGAGGAUGUGCCUUUGGCACUGCUGCAGAUCCAGCGGCGGUCAGGUAGCAAGGCUCCAUCCAUCAUCAACUUCGGUCCGACGAGGGGAGAUUCCAUCUCACAGCUCCUACCGAUUGACAGCAUUAGACAAAACUCACGAACACCAAUGCCAGCAUUUGCGAGAAGUCUUCCGCAAGAUAUCUUCCCAGCGGGCCCCCAAACUGCCUGGCCCAUGAACAACCAGCAGCUCAUCCCAGGCGGUUUGGUCGGCGUGAUAGCGAGCGAAGAGCGCGCCAAGAAGGCGCGCCGUGUACCCCCGAGUACCGGCUUCCAGCCUCUGCCCGACACCAACGAGGCUUUCAACUGGGGCCAAUCAAUGGCACAGCCCGUUGGAACAGCGCAUUCUUAUGGCCUGCCAGGGACGCAGGCACCGAUGGCCUUCUCCAGGCCUCAGACGCCAGUUGCUAUCCCUCAGCUGCCCCCGCUUACUUCCAACCAAGAGAUGUUCAACUUCUUGCAGGCUCAGACUCAGAUUCUGAGAUCCAUGGCGACUAUGAACCAGAGAAGCAAUCAACCCGGGGAUACCUUCUCAACUCAGCAGUUGGUCAUGAACAUGGGGCCUCUCGGUGCCGGGUCGACGUAUGCGCCGUCCCUUUAUGCACCUUCGAACUAUGCAAAGUCGAACUAUGCACCAUCAAAUUACGCAAGAUCUGUCCAUCAACAACCCGGGGGAUAUGCAGCGUCAGUCGCACCAUCAGAACGCAACACCGUUGGCCUUCCAAGUCGUUACAGACCAGUUUCUAAAGCUGUGAACCAAACACCCUUGGGAAAAGCAAACAAGAACGAUGAAAUAAUGCCUCUCGGCAACUGGGAUAACAAUAGAUCUAACAUUCCUCGAACUAGUGUUGCCAUCGACCAAGAUAGCACAGAUGAUGACGACGAUGACGCAUUCUGGAGAGCGAAAAGAGAAAAAAGAGAUAGAAGGAGGGCUAGGUUUAUCCAGGAGACUGAUUUGGGAAUAAAGCCAGAAUGGAUUAGCUAG